GGACUCUGCAGACGGUCGGUCUGUCAAGAUCCGCCCAGUUGACCAAAGAACGAGCAGCAAUAUCCAUCAUCAGCAAUUUCAACAACUUGACCUCUUUGGUCUUUCAAGAUGUCUCGUCCACAAGGUGAUGAAGCAUGGGAUGCCAUGCUGGAGGAGCUCAAGGAAUUCCAAGAGAAAAAGGGUCAUUGCAGGGUACCAGCAACCAAUGGAAAACUAGGCAAUUGGGUCUCUGCACAGCGAAAAUGGUACAAGAAAGGGAAGCUGAACGAGGAGAGAUUUCAGAAGCCACAAGGGCUUGGUUUCACUUGGGUUGUGUAUGAUUAUUCUGGUCCAUUGGGAGGAGAUUGGCUGGCGAUGUUUGCCAACCUGAAGAAAUUCCAAGAAGAUAAUGGUCACUGCAGGGUUCCAGGAGCAGAUGGAAAAUUAGGCGCUUGGGUCUUUACACAGCGAAAGCGUCACAAACAAGGGAAGCUGACCAAGGAGAGAUUUCAAAAGCUACAAGAGAUGGGUUUCACGUGGGAUGUACAUGCCUCUUUUGAUCCGUUGGGAGAAGAUUGGCUGGCCAUGUUUGCCAACUUGAAGAAAUUCCAAGAGGAAAAUGGUCACUCAAGGGUACCAAGAGCCCACGAAAAACUAGGCUCUUGGGUCUGCUUUCAGCGAAAACUUUACAACCAAGGGAAGCUGAACAAGGCAAGAUUUCAAAAGCUACAAGAGCUUGGUUUCACUUGGGUUCUGCGUGAUUCCUCUGAUCCAUUGGGAGAAGAUUGGCUGGCCAUGUUUGCCAACCUGAAGAAAUUCCAAGAGGGAAAUGGUCACAGCAGGGUUUCAACAGGUGAUGGAAAACUGGGCAAUUGGGUCUCUACACAGCGAAAGAGUUUUAACCAAGGGAAGCUGACCAAGGAGAUUUCUGAAGCUAGAAGAGCUUGGUUUCACUUGGGAUGUACAUGCCUCGUCUGA